GAUUUCUCACGGUCGGAGGUGGAAAAUGGACUUCUUGAUCUUCAUUUUUGGUAUCCUAGGAAACAUUGUCUCGCUCUUCGUCUUCUUUGCUCCGGUGCCGACAUUUUACCGAAUCUACAAGGAGAAAUCGACCGAGGGUUUCCAAUCAAUACCGUAUUUGGUCGCUCUAUUUAGCUCCAUGCUCUGGCUUUACUACGCAUUCCUCAAAGGACACUCCUUCCUUCUCAUCACCAUUAACUCAUUCGGAUGCGUCAUAGAGAUGGUGUACAUCGCCAUCUACAUUGCUUAUGCGCUGAGAGCUGCCAGGGUACGUAUUGAUCAUUAG